AUCAGUUUUUGUUGACGGGUGUUAAUGACGUAAUAUAUAGAUAGCAUAAAAAGGUCAGCUUCAACAGGUCAGAUUAUAUUAGUUGCAUAAUUCAUUCUGUGGUUUCAGUGUUAUACAUCGAAUUGAACCGUCACUGUUCUGUUGUUAGCAGAAGCUUCGAAGUCCUAUAUAGCAUGGCAAAAUUAUCGACUAAAGUGAUAGCGUUAUGUCUUUUGCUCAGUUUGACAGGUAAGAUUCUUAUCUACGUAAUUAUACCAUGUAUCAGAAUUUGGGUUGUAGAGUGCCCGAUGAAAAUUUAGGUACUAUAUUUUAGAAAUUUUGUUUAUAAAAUGCACACAGAAACUUUGCUCUUUCUUUACACUGUAUACGUAUAACCAGAACAGACGGAACACAUAUAUAUUUGAAUAUUUCAGAUGCCGCAAGAAAUGUGUCCAAAGAAUGAUCUCAUGACGCGUGCGACUUUCACUGAUUGAUUAUAACAAAGCAAAAUAACACAACUAUAGUAGCAUAGUCUAGGAUAAAUUGUGAGCAUGGCCGCAUUCUCACGUAAUGUUUUAGCAUAAUUUUACUCAAUUAAGUGGGGAUCAAUCAUUGAACCUAAAACAACAAAAAAACAAAAUGGCUGUCAACGCAUCUUAUGUAAAUGAGUUCUCCGACCAUUACUGAAAAGCCAAUAUAAUUAUCGCUUAUUUACUACAACGGCGGUCGAGAGACCACAAAACAGACUGCUUUCCCGAGGUCUCGGGAUAUAGGUGUCAAAGUAUUAAAAAGUUUAACUGAACUUCAUGGUUGACGCGCAUUGCGUACAUUCUAUUGUUGACUGGCAAAGCAUGCAGUGAACAUGACGUUUUGUGGAGUGGCACGUGAUACGGUUUUGACCAAUCGGCAAACAGAAAAAUUGAACUUUCACACUAAUUAUAUAACAAAAUAAUAUAAAACCCGUCCUCUACCCUUGACCCCCACGUAACGUAAUAUGAAAUCCCGAGAUUUGGAUAGAUUCUCGCUUAUAUCUUGGCGUCGACGUUUAUUUGAAAAUGAACUGAAAGAAUAGCCCUAUGGGAGUUUCCUAAAAAAUGAAAAGACUAUCGCCCGUAUUCUAAAAGCUCGCUCACACUCAAAGAGUGGACGUUCAAUCUGAGCUUCCCUUGAGUGUCAAUGCUGUUUUUGAAUAGCUGAAGGGUUAGUGUCCUACCUUACCAUGUGACUACGCACCCUGCAGAUAUUCAAAAACAGCAUUGACACUGAAGUGAAACUCAGAUUGAACCUCCACUCUUUGAGUGUGAGUGAGCUUUUAGAAUACGGGCGUAUAGAUGAUAGAUCAUUCCAUAGGGUGAGUGAGUGGUGAGUGGGCGGGGGCACCUGCGCUCCUCCCAAUAUUUUCGUAAUACUGCUGAGGAGAACACCUGAUCAACCAGGUAAAUAAGUUUUAACAAGGCCUUUUUCAUCCAUGAAAACCUGCAUGAUAACGGUUCAGUGAAACAAAGUGGCACUAUACUAACUUUCCGGCGAAGCUCGAAACGUUGAAGUUCUGUUCAUAUCUUUCUGACAUCUCUCUCAUUCCGUAGCUGUUAUCGUCUACGCUGCAUGGCACCGACCGUUCAAAACUAUUUCUACACUGUUGGGACUAAACCCAUAUUUUGUAGUUUUCAGAUUGGCGAGAACUUACCCAACGGUUUUAUCAUAUUUAUUUUAAUAAUAUUUUAAUUAUAUUUUAAUUUUUCUUAUUGAAGAGUUUCCUUGUCCGUCGUCAAGUUGGCUAUUUAGAAGACCGUAUAAUCUUAAACAAGACGGAAAAACUGGCUGGUAUACAUGGAGUUGUCGAGGCGGUUCUGCCACCCAGGGAUAUUCCCCUGAUAGAGCUAGUGCGCGAGGGAAUGCAAGGGAAGCAUGCAGAAAACGUAGAUAUGUUCUGGGGAAAGCGACGAAGAAGGCGAAGACACCAAAUAAUUCCCUGCAGGAAUGACUGUAAACGUAAAAAGCCGUUCCAUGCUAUAUGUUAUGAAAUUGUGCUCAUUAAUUAACUUUCCCGAGAAAGCAGUCAAAGUAUUAUAAUAGUUGUUACAAUGAUUUGCAACCAUAUUCAUUUUAAUAUAAAAUAAUUAUUUUGAAAGAUGGCCAAAACUAGUCACCUUAAUUCUUUAUUCACGGCUAAUUUCAGGGAAGUUGCCUCCUCUAAUACCCCACCCCCACCCCCACCCUCCUUAGAGAAGUUUAAUAAGCCUCAAUCCCCUUCAUAUUAAAACUGAUUCGGUUUAUUUUCCUCGCAUGAUCAUGUGUUUCAUUCACAAAUAUUUAUGAGUGUAUUGGUAAAAUAUUUUAUCAGAACAUAGAAAUAUGGGGCAAAAAUUACAAAUUAAAGGAUUGUUUAUAUAUAUAUUGUUUAUACCCAGGCUAUUAGCGCUUAUACAUAUCACGAAUAUCUUAAUUAUCUUUCCCUUCCUACAAAAGAGAUUUAUUAAAAACGUCAAGUUUACACCUAAUCUAAAGCAAAUACUUCAAUUAAAGUCAGAACUGGCAAAAAUUUAUAAAUUCCAGACAUUUGCGCAGAAUAAGAUUAAAUUCAGAUUCUUAAAUUAAAGGUAUUACAAUAAUUUUAUGCAAUUCCAACUUUUAGUUUAUGCGCAGGAGGGGCGGGGGGUAAAUCAGGUAUCAUAUUGCUGAUUAUGCUGAAAAAAUAAAGUAUAAGCUAUCACGCCGUGAUAGCUUAUACAAUAUUUCGUUGUUUCGGCAGUUUUUAUUGAAAUUUUUCAGCACAAUCAGCAAUAUGAUACCUUACUUCCCGUCACCCCCUGGGCGCAUAUAUUAAAAGUUGGAAUUGCCUAUUAUUCGUUGUUAGUAUAAUUACAUAGGUGAUUAUUCUCCACGCUGAUUGGUUGCCGUUGAGGUGAUUAUUACGCGAUAAUCACCUAAGCGAUUUUCAAAAUGGCGGCCGAAGCCUUUUUGUCAAUUAAAUGAUGAAGAAAUGUGUAUUUUCUUAUUUUUUCCAAAUAAUCACCUAUGAAAUUAUACUAAAACAAUUAUUCACCUCAGGCUCGGUGAUUAUCGUGAAUAAAAACCUCGACUUCGUCUCGGUUUUUAUUCACCGAUAAUCACCUCGCCUUCGGCGAAUAAUUGUUAAUUAGCAGUACUUAAGGCGGUUUUCCAGUCCUCGCACGAAGCUCCUCGCCGCGAGUGCUUGCAUCUAAUUAAAAUUAACUGUUUUGCAUUGUGAUUGGAUGAAAGUGACUCGCAGCGAGCUGCUAGGAACUACGUGCGAGGACUGCAAAACCGCCUUUAACAAGCCUGCAUCAUUCGAAUUUUCCAAUAUAAUACAUUUAUUGUGCAGGCAUAUUAAUACACGAAAAAUUAAGUAAAUAAAGUGACACCAAUUGGUAAUUAAGAUACACCCAUGCCAACCAAUGUUUAUUGAUGCAGCUCUUUUAGAUAAAUCAUCGCCUUGAAGUUCCACCCAUUCCUAAACGAACCGAUAUAAAUACGAUGAGUGUACAAUAUUAAAACCAGACAUAG